AUGUUAGCCGAUGUUAGCCAGGAGGCUUUAGGCAGGAGAUACCACAAACCCACACCAAGGCAGCCACCACAUACCCCACACCCAGGCAGACAACACAUACCCCACGCCCAGGAGCCACCACAUACCCCACUCCCAGGAGACACCACACACCCCACUCCCAGGCAGACACCACAUACCCCACGCCCAGGAGACACCACAUACCCCACGCCCAGGCAGACACCACAUACCCCACGCCCAGGAGACACCACACACCCCACGCCCAGGCAGACACCACACACCCCACGCCCAGGAGACACCACAUACCUCACACCCAGGAUACACCACAUACCCCACGCCAACACCAGUUAUACCCAGCACCAGUUAUACCCAGCACCAGUUAUACCCAGCACCAGUUAUACCCAGCACCAGUUAUACCCAGCACCAGUUAUACCCAGCACCAGUUAUACCCAGCACCAGUUAUACCCAGCACCCAGCACCAGUUAUACCCAGCACCAGUUAUACCCAGCACCAGUUAUACCCAGCACCAGUUAUACCCAGCACCAGUUAUACCCAGCACCAGUUAUACCCAGCACCAGUUAUACCCAGCACCAGUUAUACCCAGCACCAGUUAUACCCAGCACCAGUUAUACCCAGCACCAGUUUGACCCAGCACCAGUUAUACCCAGCACCAGUUUGACCCAGCACCAGUUAUACCCAGCACCAGUUAUACCCAGCACCAGUUAUACACACCAGUUAUACCCAGCACCAGUUAUACCCAGCACCAGUUAUACCCAGCACCAGUUAUACCCAGCACCAGUUAUACCCAGCACCAGUUAUACCCAGCACCAGUUAUACCCACCCAGCACACCAGUUAUACCCAGCACCAGUUAUACCCACCCAGUUAUACCCAGCACCAGUUAUACCCAGCACCAGUUAUACCCAGCACCAGUUAUACCCAGCACCAGUUAUACCCAGCACCAGUUAUACCCAGCACCAGUUAUACCCAGCACCAGUUAUACCCAGCACCAGUUAUACCCAGCACCAGUUAUACCCAGCACCAGUUAUACCCAGCACCAGUUAUACCCAGCACCAGUUAUACCCAGUUAUACACCCAGUUAUACCCAGCACCAGUUAUACCCAGCACCAGUUAUACCCAGCACCAGUUAUACCCAGCACCAGUUAUACCCAGCACCAGUUAUACCCAGCACCAGUUAUACCCAGCACCAGUUAUACCCAGCACCAGUUAUACCCAGCACCAGUUAUACCCAGCACCAGUUAUACCCAGCACCAGUUAUACCCAGCACCAGUUAUACCCAGCACCAGUUAUACCCAGCACCAGUUAUACCCAGCACCAGUUAUACCCAGCACCAGUUAUACCCAGCACCAGUUAUACCCAGCACCAGUUAUACCCAGCACCAGUUAUACCCAGCACCAGUUAUACCCAGCACCAGUUAUACCCAGCACCAGUUAUACCCAGCACCAGUUAUACCCAGCACCAGUUAUACCCAGCACCAGUUAUACCCAGCACCAGUUAUACCCAGCACCAGUUAUACCCAGCACCAGUUAUACCCAGCACCAGUUAUAGCACCAGCACACCAGUUAUACCCAGCACCAGUUAUACCCAGCACACCAGUUAUACCCAGCACCAGUUAUACCCAGCACCAGUUAUACCCAGCACCAGUUAUACCCAGCACCAGUUAUACCCAGCACCAGUUAUACCCAGCACCAGUUAUACCCAGCACCAGUUAUACCCAGCACCAGUUAUACCCAGCACCAGUUAUACCCAGCACCAGUUAUACCCAGCACCAGUUAUACCCAGCACCAGUUAUACCCAGCACCAGUUAUACCCAGCACCAGUUAUACCCAGCACCAGUUAUACCCAGCACCAGUUAUACCCAGCACCAGUCACCCCUAGAAAAAAACAAUGAGUUGUUCUUAAACUGA